GCAACGUUCAUGAUCCUACGCUACGUCAAGUCAGCCCUGAAUCAAUCGUGCAGCUUCCCAUGGUGGGAUUGGUGCCAUGUUGAGCAGUCAUGAAGACCAUUGCCAAUUUGAAGGCGUUGCAGCAUGAGCUGGGCUAUCACUUUCGGGAUGCCACAUUCCUGCAAGAUGCGCUCCGAAGGCUGGUCGCUGAUCCAGCCAAACCCCAGUCUGCUCACAGCCAAGCACUCCUCAGGGUUGGAGCCUCAGUCAUGACUAUGAUGCGUACCGCCGAAGACAUUCGACAGGACAUGAACUUGCUCACAAUCAAACGGGACAAUGGGCCUCAAGACUCAACGUUGCCCGCACCGUUCGCAUCGUUGGAUCACUCCACCGUAGAGCAAAAGAAGAGGAUCUUCGAGGCCAUGGUGACAGCUGCCAGCCGGGACGCGAACCCAGUCAAGCCUAGCCAGCUGCAGAUUGAACUCACGGCGAGUGCCAUCAUCGGAGCAGCUUUUGUCGACAGCGAGAGGAACUACAAGGCCUUGUACCCUGUCAUUCAUGCGCUCGGUCCGUACCUCUCUGCCGAUUCGAGCAGGCCCAGGCGUCCGCAGCGAAAUCGGGGUGACGAGAGCAAAGACGCUAUCUCCGGUGUCGAGGUCGCCACUCCUAGACUUACAGAUAAGCCUCGUGAGCUGAAGGGUGAUCACACGCCAGCACCCACCCAAAACAAUGUCCCACAGCAUGGGUCGGUACCCGUCGGACCUACCAUCGAUUCUGGUUGGGACCCGUCACUAGUCGAGAGGCCGCCUGUGCAAAGCUCAGAAUUCGGAGCCGACGCCCCGUUAACCGCCUCUCAGACUACCCACCUGUCGCCAAGUCAAUCGCCUCUGGAACAUGCAGAUCAUGUCGUGACAGACAGAAGUUCGACGCUGAGCAAUGGUGGCCUCGUCCCUUUCGAUUUACCGUCGAACGAGGCUAGAAAGAAUCAUAUCUCUUCCAAGGGCAAAUAUCCUCACGCGGCCGAUAAAAGCUCGAUUCCAGGAAAAGCUUCCAAACUCCGUAACAAGCUACACGAUAUGCCUCGUGCAGUUACAUACUAUGAUUGGGAACAGGAAUCCUUCGAACCCGAAAUCGUUCGCGUUAAUAUUCCAUUUAGGGGAAAAGAUAUGAUAUUGUGCGAGGAUGACCAGAGGCGUCUGCGAUGGAAUCGCACAUCCCGCAAUUCUGACAUGGUAGCCAAGUCAAAUAUCCCGUCCGUGAUCCACGAGGUGGACUGGCAAGCGGACAUGCCAAAUGAGUCUGAACGCAUUCCUAGCCGGGGCGAUGAAUUGUUGCCAGUGCUUGGUCAAGAAGACUUCCCGCUCCCCAGCUCGUACUUCACUUGGGAAACUGAUUACCUAGACGCUGGCUUUACCGAUCAUGUAGAAAAAAUAGAAAGAUGGAAACUGCGCGCCAAUAUACUAGAAAGCAUGCUUAGGAGGUUUCUCGCGGAGAAGGCCAAACCCAAGACACUGGCUCAUAUUGGAACUGAAACAGCGCGCGUACUUCACAAGAUAUCAUGGUACCUGGGCCAUGUGAACCCACGGCUCCAUCCGCAGCUCCAGCGACUCAUGAAAGAAAAGACUCUCACCUUCCCAAUGUUCUUGCCUCCAACAUUGAACCACCUAAUGUACAACUCACGCAAACAUUUCUUCUAUGGAAGCCGCCUAAAGAGGGUCCCACUCCUACUCACGGACGUGGAAAGGGCUCAGCUGAAAGCACUAGCUAGGUACUUGGCACACUUUUCUCGGUCCAAGGAGCCGGCCAUGCCGGCUUUUCAGGACAUUCUCACGAAAGACCGGGGUAGAAAACCCAAUUUGUCUGCUGAGGAACGGAUCUUUACGGAGAAGCUCGCUCAGGAUUUGACAGACUUGCAAAAGCCGAUUGCCCCACCGAUUCCCCCGCCGAUUGAGAGAUAUAUGCCACGGCCGUCGGUAAAGCCUUGGUAUGUUGCCUUGGGCCUGGUAACAAUGGAUGGCAACCUCUCGACUGUGGAGACGUGGCCGAGGAACUUCCACGAACCGACUGAUAAGGCCGUCAAGGCUGUUCUUACGGUCGCCCCGGAGGCAAUUCCGGAGGUACUUCCGGAGGCGAUCCUAGAAGCAAGUCCUGGCGCUGAGGCUGCGCUAGAUGUCAGCGAGACGCCAGAGGGAAUACUGAUGGCAGGACCAGAAGGCCCGGAUGCUACCCCGAGGCUUGUCUCCGAAGUAACUCUAGAGGCGGUUCCUGAGGCCGUCGUUGAGGCGGCUUCAGAGGCAACCAUAGAUGUCACGGAGUCUAUCGCGGAGACACCGGAGCUAACCCAAAGCCUAGCGCCAACACCAGAGACUGUCAUAGAGGAGACUCUCACGGCAACGCCAGAGCCAACUCCAGUACCCCCGCAGUCGACUCCCCAGCUAAUUCCUAAGGCAGCCCCUGCUAUCACCGAAGUGAUUCCAGGACCGGCGACACAGCAGACAAAGCCCACGAAGAGGACAGCUCCAGAGCCAACUACCACGCCGCUUCCCACGCCAAAUCUUGAAACACGCCCCGAGACGCAGAUUGGGUCCAUCAUUUCAACUCUCCAGCAAUCUUAUCCCCUGCCACCUCGACGUCGAGCACCCGCUGCCCGUUCUUCUACGACCUUAUCCUCGCCAAAACGUGACACCGACACGCGACGAGAGAACUUAUUUGAAGCCGGCCAAUCACCUGGGAGCACACGAUCACCGCACAGAUUCUUCAAGCCUGGCUGGGUUUUCAAGCUAGGAUUGAUCAAGGAAGCGCCGGAGAUAAAGCCGGUCAAGCCGCCCAUAUCUCGUGGUUCGGUCUCUCGCUAUCCAUUCUUCAAACCGGGCGGGAACCCUCUAGCGCCGCGAGAAAAGAAGCCAGAGCCUGAGUCUGAGCCUGAAUCCAUGCCACCGCCCCUACGCCCUAGACACAGUCUUGGUUCUAAGAAGUCAUUACACAAGGGACACGCGAAGUGGAAGUGAGAACGAUGGACCGGAGGGGCAUCGUUGGCUGUUCCGGGACUCUACGGACAAAGGCAUCUCAUGCGUAGACCACUCGUGAAGAACGAGUUGUGAACGAGUUUAGGAGCGAAGUCGCUAGCUGGAUGGCCGUUUUCUGUGAUGUCCCAUGUAUAAACGGGCUGGUACCGCGCGGCAACUCCGCAGCGAAACAUUGCAUGUAGUUGGGGUUCAACAUCGGGCUCAUAUCACCCUUAUACAGCAUAGUCUUCAGAACUGCGGUAUAGGCAAUAAAUU